AUGUCUCUCCUAAAACACAUAUCGCUAACGCUGCAUGUUUUUUCUCUUUUUCUGUGCAGCGGCAGCGAGAUUCCAGGCGUCGCUUCCAAGAAACCUACCGGCGCAGCUGCAGAGUUGGUCAGUGAAGCCGUUCAGUCGGAUCGGGGAUCGAAACCGGUAUCAGGAGCGGCUGCAGGGGAGCAUGCCGACAUGGCACCUGCCGGUCAUCCGGUUUCCGCUCAGGUUGUCUUCUACGACCAGCCGACCUUCCCCGGCCAUUUCUACGUGGCGGAUUGUCGCAGGUGGAUGACCGUGGUGCGCGGAGGAGUAGAGGACGGUUCAGAUGGGUUGGAAGGGCUAGACGAGGAAGGUUCGGGUGGCAAGGGAUCAGGGAAGCCGGCCGCGAACGCAGCGAAUACAGAGAACGAUGCGGUUACCACUUCGCCGAGCGAGGUGGGGCGAGUGGGCGUGUGGCUGCGGUCGUUCUGGGCCACCUCGGGGCACAUCGAACCCACGAGGACGCAGAGAGCCAAGACUCGCGGAUACAGCGUUCCCUUCCACAAGCUUAACAUGGCUCAUGCCCUCGCCACUGCCUCUACAUCCCUUGCAACCGCUUCAAACACCCUCGGAUCUGCCACCACCUCUAUAGGAACGUCUAUUACCACUGCCACCAGCACCAUCAGCACGACAACCUCUCGCACUCUAGAUAGCUGUAGGCGCGGCGCUACUGCCACUGCUUCUGCUGCCGCUGCUACAGCUGCUACAGCCGCGAAUGCUGCUGCUGCUACAGCCGCGAAUGCCGCCAAUGCUGCUGCUGCUGCUACAGCUGCAACCGCUGCCACUGCAGCCACUGCCGCCAGUGCAGCAGCAGCUGCUACAGCCGCCACGGCUGCCACUGCAGCAACGGCGGCUACAGCUGCUGCUGCCGCGACAGCCGCGACGGCUGCUGCUACAGCUGCGACGGCGGCGACAGCAGCGUCAGCAGCGGCUGCUGCAACGGCAGCGACGGCUGCUACAGCUGCAAGCGCGGCGGCUGCUGCUGGGGGGUCGAUUCCAGGCGCUAUCAGGGGCUCGCCUGCUGUGAUUUCCACUGCUCUUGCGCGCAUGUUCUUCCUUGGGAAAGCAUCACCCAAGCCCAGCAAGUGCGCUGACCCUGGUGCAGACACGGAACUUGUAGCAGCAACGAAACCCCCCAGCCUUAUGCUCGACAGCUCGCCUAUCGACGGCAACUCAGCUUUCGACUUGAAUCCAGCUGUUGGCGUCAACUUAGCAGGCGAAACAGCAGGAGAGAGCUUGCAGGGUAUGAGCACACCAGACAUCCCUGGAAAGGCGCCAGCCCAAUUAGGGGCUUCACAGGGGGAGCUGACUCAGGGAGGGUUGGGCCAGGGGACGGCAGAACCUGGGCUGGUUGUGAUUGGUCCAGAUUCACUGCACCAGCAGCUUCUGGGAACGAUUUUGAAGGAGGGUGUGGAGCAGGCUAAGGCGGUGGAGGGUUUGGGAGGGGCAGAGGCAAGUGUAGCGACUGCUGAGCCAGUUAUUGAGAGGGAUGCGUUAUGGGAGGCGGUUUUGGGGGUCAAGGGUGGGGAUUCCAAGCAGGAGGUGAUUUUAGAGGGGGAGAUUGUAGAGGAGGGAGAGGAAACCGUAGCGUUGGAUUCUGUGGGCCACGUUGGGCGGCUGAGUUUGGCUGUAGCGACUCAGAUUGCUGCAGCACCCGUGGCACUGCUGCUGAUGUUGCAAGAAGCCGGGGUGGUUACCAUAUCGCUGGUUACAUCCACUGGCCGGGCGGCGACUGCUGCCCUGAAGAGCAACUCUGCCACGUGGCAGUGCAUGAUUCGCAGGCAGCGGCUGAUCGCGUCGCUCCGUGCAGCCCUCCAAUCAGCGUCCUGUUUUUCAAACGAGGGCGUGUUCGUUGAAGGGGCUGUGAUGGUGUCAGAUGGCCACGUUGCGGAAGUAUCAGGUCCUGCUGCUGCCACUCGUAGCGACCCCCUUGACCCGUCCACUCAGCCUGUUAAGGGCGCAUCCUUGAAAGCAUCCCUAUCCUCAGCCUCAGACCUUCCUGAAACUUCUUUCAAUCAGGGCCCCGACUUUUCAACAGACCCUGGAAAACUGUAUCACUUCCCUCCUAAGAUCCCCAUUUCUGCUCGAAACGCUUCCAAAAAACCCAAGCUUCCCCUGCAUUCUUCCAUGGACCUCCACAUCGCGCAGCACCGCAUAGCAUCCCCUCUGACCUCUCUCCUGUUGGACCAUACCCUUGGACUCCUCUUCUCCCUCCUCCUCCUCUUCUUCUUCCGAUCCGUGUCAUCAGCCCUCUCCUCCCUCUUCCUUUUCCUCACCAAUCACGUGCUCCGGACCAGCAUAGUGCUAUUAAUCUCCCAGCCUAUCGGACUUAAACUUAACGACGAGCUCACCGCUGCGUUUGGCGCCCUAUCCUGGCAGGCGCUGCAGGCUUGGGCUAGCUUCGGCAGCGCGUACGGCUCGGUGCUGCCGUACCUGGCGGUCCUGACAGUUGGUUCGGCAGGGCUGUUCCUGGGAAUGUCGGCUGCGGUGGGGGUGAUUGCGGAUCUGGUGCUGCUGUUGAACCUCCAGCUGGCGCUCGUUCAUUGGUGCCUGGCGCCUGUGUAUCGCAUGCAGCUCAACGCUGUCAUUGCCCUCUGGCGCCUCUUCAAUGGGCUCAAGUGGAACCCCCUCCAUAGGCGCAUAGACUCAGUAGAAUGCACUCUGGGCCAGCUCACCCUCGGCUCGCUCCUCUUCACCAUCCUCACCCUCCUCCUCCCCACCACCGCCAUCUUCCACAUCCUCUUUGCCUCCCUCUGUCUUGCGAUCUCGGCCGUCCGUUCCGCCCUGCAAGCUGCUGCGUCGCUCCUGCUGUCCUUCCCGGUGUAUCUGCUGCUGGUGAGGCUGUAUCGGCCUGAUCAGGUUCCAGGUGGGGUGUGGCUGGAGUUUGUGGGAGGGGGGGGAGGAGGAAGGAGAGUGGGUGGAAGGGGAAGGGAAGGAAGAGGAGCGGUGGGAGGAAACGGUGAAGUGGAUGGAAAAGAGAAAGUGAAGACUGUAGCGGUGGAUGUGGGUCUGGUGGUACUAGCAACAGCAGCACCAGUACGCGUGAUGGGAGUGGAGGAGCAACAACCCCCAGUCGUGACACAAUCGCUGCCUCUUGGGAGAAUGGACGGAGAGGCAACAGCAGCAGCACAUGUGCCUGCUGUGCAAGGCAAAGGAAUGGUGUAA